AUGAUAAUAGGAGGAAUGACACAGUUUUUAACAAAGGCACAAGGCAUGCCAAAAAACAUUGAGACUGCAAUAAUUAAGAUAAUGAGAAAAUUCAUUUGGAACAACAAAAAAACCUCACCAAUUAGCCUGGAACAACUACAAAAACCAAUAGAAGAAGGAGGGAUAAACCUCAUAGACAUCAAAGUCAGGAAUGAAGCAAUCAAAAUAACAUGGCUCCAAUCCUACCUUGACCUAUCAUCAUCACGCCCAGCAUGGGCUUUCCUUGCGGACAUAAUAAUAAACAAUCUGAAACCAACCAGAAUCAACAACACAUCAGACUUAAACACUUUCCUGCAAUCAUGGGACCCACCUACAAGAGGACUGAGAAUGACAAACCUCCCAAAAGAAAUAACAAGCAUGCUAAAAAUAGCAAAAAAAUACAAUGUUAGUUUCGUACUAAUCAAACUCUUGAAACAACUAAAGAAACAACUACUGGUGUGGUACCACCUAGGUGCCCCACCAAAAACAUAUCACAUACAGAGAGACCAUUGCCUACAAAACAACCAUAAAGCCCAAAAAAUAAAACACCUGAUAAAAAUAAGCAAAAAAAUUGCACCAAACAACACCGAGACAACCAACAACAAAAAGAAGCACUACCCAUGA